CGCAAAUAUUAAGCCCACACAGAAGACCCACUAAAUACUGUAGACGUGACGCCUCUCACUGUUGUUGGACUCUCCGCGACGAGAUCGACGGCGACAUAGAACAAAUUUCGGCAAAAAUGGCGCCUUCAUUCGAGCAGCUCGAGCGCGAGACCGAAUUAGAUGACGAUGAGGAGGAGAUCGACUUCUCAGAUCUUCGAGCGCAAUAUGAGACGAACAUGGAGGAAGGCCUAGACACCUUCGUGGUCGUCGAUGGCCUGCCAAAGGUUCCAGCUGCAAGCAAGGAGAAGCUCAUCAAGUUCUUGCUCCGCAGCUUGACAAAAUGGGGAACCACAUCAGAGGACAACGUUUUCAUGCCAGUGGACGACAGCGGAACCACCGAGGGAUUUGCAUUCGUCGAAUAUGCGACUCCGGCACAGGCUGCCACUGCCGUAAAGAAUCUUCACGCCACACCUCUCGACAAGAAGCACACCAUUGCUGUCAACAAACUUACCGACAUCGAGCGCUACGGACGAGAAGGACGCAUCAAUGAGACAUACGAUGAGCCAGAGAUCCCGCCGUUCGAGGAAAAGGAGCACUUGCGUUGGUGGUUGGGUGACGCGGAUGGACGAGACCAAUUUGUCAUGUACCGCGGCGAUAAUGUGGGCGUAUACUGGAACGAGCGCGAAGGGCAACCUGAUUCUAUCGUCGAUCGAGCACACUGGACCGAGACUUUCGUCCGAUGGUCACCAAAGGGAACAUAUCUUACAUCUAUGCACAACCAGGGUGUCCAACUUUGGGGUGGUCCGAACUGGUCGAGACAGAAGCGUUUCAUGCAUCCCGGCGUCAACCUUGUCGACUUCUCACCAGACGAGCGAUUCAUGACCACGUGGUCUCAUGCGCCAAUGCAAGUCGAAGAGGGCAACCCUAUCCUUUCGCUUGAGGAGGAUGGAAAGAACUACAUCAUCUGGGAUGUGGCGACGGCAAAACCGCUGCGAUCCUUUGUCACCCUAGAUCUUCCUGGACCCACAAACGACUCCGAAGGCAACCCGAUCAAGAAGAAAAUUCAAUGGCCGGCAUUCAAAUGGUCAGCAGAUUCCAAGUACGUUGCCCGUAUGAAUCCGGGUCAAAGCAUUAGCGUCUACGAGCUCCCAAGGAUGAACUUAAUGAAGAAGACCAGCAUCAAAAUUGAGGGCGUGGUGGAUUUUGAGUGGUCCCCAAGCAACCCUCAGCGUGAUAACAUCAAAGAAUACGAACAGCUGCUCUGCUACUGGACUCCUGAGUUGGGCUCAAAUCCUGCCAAGGUCGGUCUCAUGUCGAUCCCAUCCGAGGAGAUUGUGCGUACCCGGAACCUUUUCAACGUCAGCGAUGCCAAGCUUCACUGGCAGUCGGAAUCAGCUUUCGUCUGCAUCAAGGUCGACAGGCACAGCAAGUCGAAGAAAUCGAUGGCGACCAACUUGGAAAUCUUCCGUGUCAAGGAAAAGGGAGUUCCAGUCGAAGUCGUUGACAGCUUGAAAGAUACCGUCAUUAACUUUGCAUGGGAGCCCAAGGGCGACCGAUUCGUCAUCAUCACCGCUGGUGAAGUACCACAGGGCUCGCAGAUCCCGCCAAAGACCGCCGUCUCAUUCUUCGCGCCAGAGAAAGCCAAGGGUAACGCUGUGGGUAACUUCAAACUCAUCCGUACUAUCGACAAGAAGAACAACAACGCCAUCCACUGGUCACCGAACGGCCGAUUCGUCAUUGUUGCCACAGUACUCAGCCAGCAAGGAUACGACCUCGAUUUCUGGGACUUCGACUUCGAGGGAGAGAAGGAUGAAAAGGAGAAAGACCUGACUGCAAACCUGCAACUUAUGGGCACCGCAGACCAUUACGGUGUGACAGACAUUGAGUGGGAUCCUAGCGGACGAUUCGUCGCCACCAGUGCGAGUGUUUGGAAGCACAGGAUGGAAAACGGAUACCACCUCUACUCUUUCGCCGGCCAGCUUCUCCGCGAAGAGCCCAUCGAACAAUUCAAGCAAUGGACCUGGCGACCUCGCCCCGAGCGUCUCCUGUCCAAGGAAGAAAUCAAGAAUGUCCGCAAGAACCUCCGCGAAUACUCACGCGCCUUCGAGGAGGCCGAUCUCGCCAAACGCAGCACCGCCGAUCGCGCCGUCAUCGAGGGUCGGAGGAGACAGCUCGACGAAUGGCUCGCAUGGCGCCAGACGACCACCGAGGAGCUCUCCGAGGAACGCGAGGAUCUGGGUCUUCCCGAAUUCUCCGAGGAGCGUCGGGCACUCAUCAUCGACGAGCAAGCGGGCGAGAACGAGGGCAAGGUCGUGGAGGAGAUCUUCGAGGAAAUCCUCGAGGAGUCGGAGGAGAUUCUGGAUUAGAUGGAUGACGCAGAGCCUCGUAGUCUUUCGUAACCCAAAUGCAUCAUGUAAACGAAUCAGAAGACCCAUCCUGUCAUGUC